CACCAUGGCCAAGAAGCAGAUUGCUGUGAUUGGAGCUGGAAUCAGUGGACUGGGCGCCAUCAAAUGCUGUUUAGAUGAAGAUUUGGAGCCCACCUGCUUUGAAAGAAAUGAUGAUAUCGGAGGUCUAUGGAAAUUUCAAAAAAGUCCCUCAGAGAAAAUGCCCAGUAUUUACAAGUCUGUGACCAUCAACACUUCCAAGGAGAUGAUGUGCUUCAGUGACUUCCCCAUCCCUAGCCAUUUUCCUAACUACAUGCACAACUCCAGACUCAUGGACUACUUUAGGAUGUAUGCCAAACACUUUGGCCUUCUUAAUUACAUUCGUUUUAAGACCAAAGUACGAAGUGUGAGGAAGCAUCCAGAUUUCUCUGUCAGUGGACAAUGGGACAUUCUUGUGGAGACUAAUGGGAAACAGGAGACCUUGGUCUUUGAUGGGAUCUUGGUCUGCAGUGGACACCACACAGACCCCUACUUACCACUUCAGUCCUUCCCAGGCAUCGAGAAAUUUGAAGGUUGUUAUUUCCAUAGUCGAGAGUACAAAACCCCUGAGGACUUUGUAGGAAAGAGAAUCAUAGUGGUUGGUAUUGGAAAUUCUGGUGUGGAUAUUGCUGUGGAGGUCAGUCGUGUGGCAAAACAGGUGUUCCUCAGCACAAGACGAGGAUCAUGGAUUUUACACCGUGUAUGGGAUAAUGGGUAUCCCAUGGAUAGUUCAUUUUUCACUCGGUUCAAUAGCUUUCUCCAGAAAAUAUUAACUACAACUCCAGUAAAUAACUAUCUAGAGAAGACUCUGAACUCAAGAUUCAAUCAUGCACACUAUGGCCUGCAGCCAAAGCACAGACCUCUAAGUCAGCAUCCAACUGUCAGUGAUGACCUACCAAAUCAUAUCAUUUCUGGAAGAGUUCAAGUGAAGCCCAAUGUAAAGGAGUUUACAGAAACAGAUGCCAUUUUUGAUGAUGGCACUGUAGAAGAGAAUAUUGAUGUUGUCAUCUUUGCAACAGGAUACAGUUUUUCCUUUCCUUUCCUCAAUGGUCUGAUUGAAGUGACUAAUAAUGAAGUAUCACUGUACAAAUUGAUGUUUCCUCCCAACUUGGAGAAACCAACAUUGGCUGUAAUUGGGCUCAUCCAGCCACUGGGCAUUGUACUGCCUAUUGCAGAACUCCAGUCUCGCUGGGCUGUACGGGUGUUCAAAGGGCUGUGCAAAUUACCCUCAGUGAAGAACAUGAUGGCAGACAUUGCCCAAAGGAAAACGGCUAUGGACAAACGUUAUGUGAAGACAGCCCGGCACACAAUCCAAGUGGAUCACAUUGAGUACAUGGAUGAGAUCGCCACCUUGAUGGGGGUGAAGCCCAACCUGCUGCUUCUCUUUCUUUCUGAUCCAAAGCUGGCCGCGGAGGUUUUCUUUGGCCCAUGUACCCCAUACCAGUAUCGUUUGCAGGGACCAGGGAAGUGGGAUGGGGCACGGAAAGCCAUCCUAACGCAGAGAGAGCGGAUCAUGAAGCCCCUGAGGACUCGCAUUACCAGUGAGGACAGUCGCUCGGCCUCAUGGCUCCCUCGGAUAAAGAUAACACCAUUUGGACUGGCAUUUCUGGCUGCUGGCUUAGCAUACUUCAGAUAUAUUCACCAUAGCAAAUGGAAAUGA